GGAAUAUUAUAAAAUAAAAUAAAAUAAUUAAAAAAGUGUAUGGCAUGUCCCCUUUAAAAUCUAGCUAGGCAACAGUGUAGAGCAAAGCAGGACGCGGAUGGGAACACAGCCGGAGAGAGAGAGAGAAGUGCAGUGCAGUGUUUAGUCUCUUUACACCGCUGGAUUUAUGAGCUGUCAGGCUCCGGGACGCCGAUAUGAGAUUUAUUAACCGGAUACGGUUCUCUUUCAGCCGCUGAGGGCGACCCGGGAUUCUACAAACUUUUCAACUAAAGGAAGCGAACAGACGGGUUCCGGUGGGCGCCGAACUGCUUUUUUUUCUCUUCUUUUUCGGGUUAAUUCUGGACUUCUGUGAUGCAAAUCCUGUCAGAAAUGUGUUUAUUUUUUAAUUACUUUUGCAACAAGGUUCGGUUUGUUCGGUAAAAUCGGUAAUAAACGGUUAGCAUGUUGCUAUCUGAAGGAAACAGGUUCGGCUCGCGAGCUUCGAAGGUCGCGCGCGGCUCUUAAAGUUUGAAUAAUGAUGACAUUAACGGUCGACGUGCUCGCGAGCGCUUUGACUUUAAUCGCCAUGUUUGUGACGGAGCGCCGCUGUGCUCGGAGCUCGUCCUGGGCUUUCUCCUUCUGCUUCAGAUUCGUUUUUUAAGCCGUAUUCUGUCAUGAAAGUUAUUUUUUCCGGAUGAAAAGUGAAACCGAGCCUCUGUUUGGCUUCACCGCACAGCGAGCCGUCAAAGUCUGUGAGGAGAAAAAUACAAAUCUGCAAAGUUAGCAAAACCACCACCACGGAAAUCGCUUUCCUUUUUCCUCUCCGACUCUUUUUUUAAAAUGGAUUUCAUCAAGGCAACACGCUUACUAUUGCACCUUCUGGACUAACAGUUUGUGUAUUUUGUUCACACUCGGACUGAUUCAUUUCCUCACUCGGACACACAGCGACCAUGAAAAGGCGCCGGAGGCUUCUGGUUGUUUUUCUGAACUCGGCUGAGAAAUUCCUUCACUGUCGCAUCAUCAUAUGACAGCGAGGGUUUGCACUUAACCACCAUAAACUUUAACACCUGGGACCUGUUUGAACAAUGGCACCAUCGAGCUCAAGUUUCCCUGAGAGGCUGGACUUUUCCUCUCAGCAUCACUGAAAUCAUCCAGCGUUUCUAUUUAGUACACUUUAUUACACGCAUACUUUGGCCUGCGCAUGCGCGAAGACAGGUCACGUGUCCUGCACUGGUGAGUUUCAGGCUGUUAAUGGGUGGCGUCAAAAGAUCAAGCGUGUGAAGACUCCACAUCUGAAUCCAGAAGAGGACGCGCACGCACGGGCGCACGCGCACACGCCACAAAAAUGAAUGAGAGACAGGCUCUCCAUUCCAUAAUGAAGGACCUGGUGGCACUGCAGAUGACCAGGCGGCAGCCCAUGCCAGCUUACGACAUGGCCAAAGUCAAGCCUGCUAAUGCUGCUAGCACGGCUAACAGACAGGACGACAUCAGAAUCAAGUUUGAGUUCUGCGGAGAGAGAAGGAUAUUGAUGUUCAGUCGGCCAGUGCAGUUUGAGGAAGUCCAGCAAAAGGUCAAGACUGUGUUUGGGCAGCAGCUAGACCUGCACUAUAUGAACAACGAGAUGUCAAUCCCGCUACAUGGCCAGGAUGACUUGGACAAGGCUAUUGACCUGCUGGACCGAAGCUCAAACAUGAAGAGUAUAAAGAUCCUGCUGCUAACAGAAGAACACAGCAAUGUCUCGUCCCCGACUCAUCACUCUGGGUGCAAGCAGGUUCGAAUCAAAGCCUCCCAGUCCAUGGGGGACGUGAGCACGGCAUAUCAGUCCUCUGAGACCAGAGGACGCCACCCGUCCACCAGUUCUCAGAACACUGGGCGGAGCUCUCCUCCUCCUGGGUACGUUCCGGAGCGGCAGCAAAGAAUCGCUCGCCAAGGAUCCUACACCAGCAUCAACAGCGAGGGAGAGUUUAUACCCGAGACCAGCGACCAGUGUGUGCUGGAUCCUUGGAGCAGUGCGGAAAACUCCAUAUCCGGAAGCUGCCAGUCACUCGACAGCAACUCCGAAAGCCCCUCACUUCGGAAGUCCCGUAUGCACAGAGCCAGAAGUUAUCCUGAUAACAGGCAGGAUUGUGCAGACCGAGAGAAUCACGUGUAUGAUAAGAUUAUAGCUAAAGGAGGGACGUACCCACGGCGGUACCCGGUCUCCCCGCAUCACAAAGACCUCAGCGAGGGUCGGCGCACGUUUCCACGGAUACGACGUCCGCAGGGUAACCUGUUCACACUGGUGCCAUCCUGUCGUUCCAUUAAUGGCAGCGAGGAAAGUCUCGGAAGCUGGCAGCUGGUCGACACACACUCCCGGCUCCGCCCCAAAGACCGCCCACUGCCUCACAAGUCCCCCACAGCUCCCGUGACAUGGAGGCGAGGGAAACUGCUGGGCCAAGGUGCAUUCGGGCGUGUUUAUCUCUGCUACGACGUGGACACUGGACGGGAACUGGCAGCUAAACAGGUCCAGUUCGACCCAGCAAGCCCGGAGACCAGCAAGGAGGUCAGCACUCUGGAGUGCGAGAUUCAGCUUCUGAAAAAUCUGCAUCACGAGCGCAUCGUGCAGUACUACGGCUGCCUCCGAGACCACAACGAGAAGACUCUGACCAUCUUCAUGGAGUACAUGCCUGGGGGCUCGGUGAAAGACCAGCUGAAGGCCUACGGGGCGCUAACGGAGAACGUGACCCGGAAGUACACCAGGCAGAUCCUGGAGGGCAUGUCCUACCUUCACAGCAACAUGAUCGUCCAUAGGGACAUUAAAGGUGCCAACAUCCUGCGGGAUUCUGCUGGGAAUGUAAAACUUGGAGACUUCGGAGCCAGCAAGCGCCUUCAGACCAUCUGCAUGUCCAGUACGAGUGUGCGCUCGGUCACUGGGACGCCAUAUUGGAUGAGUCCGGAGGUCAUUAGCGGAGACGGUUAUGGACGCAAAGCGGAUGUGUGGAGUCUUGGCUGCACCGUGGUGGAAAUGCUGACGGAGAAGCCCCCCUGGGCCGAAUACGAGGCCAUGGCAGCCAUUUUUAAAAUAGCCACUCAGCCCACGAACCCCGUGCUGCCAUUGCACAUCUCGGAGCAGACCAGAGACUUCAUCCGGCGCAUCUUCGUAGAGGCCAAACUCCGGCCGAGCGCAGAAGAGCUGCUCAGACACCCGUUCUCUCAGAUCUUCUGCUGAGCGAGCUGCAGAAUUAAAGGCCGCGACCUCUGGACCUGGCAACUCGAAAGCUGUAUUUAUGACUCGUAGGUCAAUCAGUGACCACAAAGCAGACCAAAGCACAACACACAGCUGGGUUAGAUUGAGGUCUUUAAUUUGUCCUUUUAUGGUAUUGUUUGUUGCAUUGCCGUGUGUGUACCAGCAGGGGGCAGCGCAAGACAACUGAGUGCUAUUGCAGGCACCAAGAACGAGAUCCUCCAUCUGAACUCAGUCCUAGGGCUGCGUAAUAUGAAUAAAUUAGCAUAUUGUGAUUACCAUGUAUCAAGAUCCCAAUGUGGCCUAAAACAAAUUUAAAAAUGGCACAGUAAUUCAUCAUGAUAUCGAGAUCAUGAGAUCUCUAAGAUCCGUCAGGCUUCUGCGAUGGCAGUAUUGUGAUGAUGAUUAAGAAACGAUGUAUCGUCCAGCCCUACCUGCACCCGCGUCUUAAAGCUGAGCCACGAGACCUUUUACGGUUUAGUGCGGUUUGCUUAGCCGCCGGUCAUGUGGUUUGCAGGUUCCUGGCUCCUCCAUGAAGCUCUUUGGGUCACGUCAUGUUAGCGCGUCAUCAGAGAGGCUGUGUUUCAGUCGUUACAGGCUUUCCUUUCACUCGUAGUCCAACCUGCUCGCCGUUACAGCGUGCAUAGAUGCCCGAUGCUUCUCUUUUACUAUCCUGACAAUUCAUACAAGUUUUGAGGCAACACUGUGACUGUAAUUGAAAAUUCAAUCAGCUUUAAAACCUCGCUCUUCAAGACUCAGCAAUCAGACUCCACCAUCCAGCGUUUCCAAAAAAGAAUAUAUGAAACUCUCUUGCGGUCAUUUUCUCCUCGUCUUUUAAUUAGAACAUGGGUUCUCCAGGACCACGGGUGAGAACCUUUGAGUUAGAUAACGUCAUAGCUAACUAGCAUCGAGUGAGUGAGUUAGUUAAGCUGUGUUGUUUAAUUAUUUAACAUUUAUUCCACGAAAUCGAGUCGUACAUGAGCCAAUGGCGCUAUAAUCCACGUGUGACGAGAUUGAGUGGAAUAACUGUUUUAUUCUAUCCACAUUCACUGGAUUUUGGAGAAACGGAGCAUUUUUAUUUUUUGCAAAUUUGAUCAAUAAAAACUUUUAUACACAACGUCCGACAAAAUCAUUUCUGCUUAGAAUGUAAACAAACUGGCGAAAUGGACCGGAGCAAUUUGUGAAAAAUGCGAUGAUAAUUCUUGAAGAAUAAAAAAGAAACGUUCUUUCCAUGAAAUAUUUUUAUAUAAUACUUGUAUUUUUUGGGGUUUUGUUUUCAAGUAGAGUUUUUAUUUCAUCCUCGGUUGGUUCAGUAACACGCUCUGCCAUUUUCUUCUUCGUUAGGGUUUUUUUGGCGAUUGGCAAACCAACUUAAAGGUGCAUUACUGCCACCGACAGGGCUGGAGUGUGGAACAGGAGAUAUCGGGGGGGAGGGGCAGACUAUAUUCUUUUAGCUAUUUCUGUUUCUUUUAAAUACUUGACAACAAAGUGAUUUAUAUCUGACUUGAUGCGUCCGCCAUUUUGUUUUUCUCUUCUCACCUCACGGUAUAUGAGCUGAUAUCCUAGUAGUAGAGUAGCCAAUCAGUGUGUGCGAUUCCUCAUAUCCGGUGAAUGUGGAUGGAAUAAUAGCUAAUAUGUUUUCCGGACUACAAGAUGCACUAGUUUGCAUUCUACAUCAAAACAUAUGAUAUACGAUAUAGUAUUUUAUAAUAUACUGUCUUGUAUAUUAGCCUAUUGUUUCCUGCUUGAUUUUAUAACACAUACACUAUAUACAUGUAUAUGUUAUGUACACAUAUAGCUAUGUAUGUGAAACCUCUACAUGCCAGCACCACAGGGCAACACUAUAGAUAACCGAUAAAUAAAUAUGCAUGAUAUAUUAAUGCAAUCUCUCCAAUACGAGAUGUGUAUACAGGUUUUCUGAAGGUUGUCUUAAGGGGUGGUGUGUUUAUAGUCCAGAAAAUGUGUCAGCUCAUGGGGGUGUUAGGAAGUUUUGCAUUUGCAAAACUUUUUUCUUAAAGUUGUUUAAAAGGUUACAAAAUUAGAAGCCUCAAAAUGUAUUGUAUUUAUGUCUAUUAACAGAUCUGACAACCUUUACACAUUUUAGGAGUCCUCAUCCAAAAACAGACCAAAAGAAUAAUAAUUAAAAAAAAACAGCAGGGUAGUCAAUUGAAAUAUUAAUAUAUAAGUUUUUGCGAUCGCCUCUGCCACCAAGCAGCUCCCGACCGCACUGCUGAAAAUACCAUAUCAUAUCAUGUAAUAUAAUUUUACACCCUAUACUUAAAACUGAAAUGGUGGAUCUGCUCGUUUUCCUGUCUUAGCUGACCGUUUUGGAUGAUUUCAACACGUAUAUUGCUUUUUAUGUUUCAUGAAAAUUUUUUUCAAAAUGUUCGUCUAUCACUGUUGAUGGCACGUCAUCCAUUUUUCUAGUCGGUUACUAGCUUGAAUAAAACGGACCUGAGGUCAGACAGGGUUUCUUUUACAGUUGGCAAUGUUGCCUCAAAUUGCUAGCAAGGUAUCGUAUGUUUUGACUUAUAAAAAUGUAUUUUAAUAUCGUUUAGAGCUGGUGUUUGCUCUUCUAGAUGAAAACGCGCCAAAGAACACGCAAUACACAUUGUCUAAAUUUCACACUGGUUCAUUUGGUUCAUGGUGGCGUUAAAAGCACGUUUUAUUAAAACCAGGUGAAAGAGAUUGUGCCUUAAGCUCAGUGCAGAAGUGUUUUUUGUUUUUUUUUUUUUAAUCCAAUGCACUUUUGUAAAAAUGAAUGUUUGUUGUAUUUACCACAUUUUUUUUUGCCAAAGUUUCCAUAAUGUGAAAUCAGUUUCACUUUUUUAUUUAUAUCCCAGUGCUCAGCUGUCUUUUUUUUUUUUUUUUUUUGCAUACACAAAUAUUCAUGUAUAAAUAUAUUUUUAUAUCUUUUUUUUUUUUUUUUUUAUAUGGAGGUAGAUCAAUAUCUUUUGGAAUACGAAACAUGAGACGAGAUGGGUGUUCGAAACCCAAAACAAAGAGAAACAAUGUUAGCAGCUGGUUUUGCAAAGACAUUUUGUGCAUUUCUGAGUGGAAAAGGCGCUCUGGCUGUUCAACCCAAGCAGAAAAACUCCGUGUGUGUUAGUGUGUAUGGCCCUGGGGAAGAGAGAGAGAGAGAGAGAGUGUGAGUGUGAUCACGAGAUCAUGGUUCUAGGUUGUUUUCACAGGAUGACUUGCAGAUGCGAGUUAUAAUUGGCACCUUUACACACACAGUGCCAUUAAUAGAUAACUUGCACAGAAGGUGAUUGCACCUGUUGGCUAAUUUUAAAAUGUCGAGAAGCAGACAGAAGUGAGAGAGAAGAGAUUUGAUUGAUUUUAGAAAGUGAUACAACUUUUGAUCACGUAAUGGCAGCUGGAAGAAACUGAAAUCACAACCUUUUGUAUUAUCAGGUUCUGUCGAGGUGAAGAGACAUUUUGACGCAUCUUUGACUUAAUCUCAUUUAAUAAUUAUUAAACGCAAGUAAACGGAGUUUGCAAAUUUUCUCCCUAAUUUGCUCAUGUUCCCAUUCCCACCCAACGACCACCUCUCCACUGCGUGCUUCCUUUAGGAAACAUAGUUUCAGAGUAACACGCUUGAUGGAAAGCAUGAUCAUCCCUCUUUCUCACACAGUACAUUAGUUAACAGAUGGCCACGAUUGGCUAGCAUCACUGUGACUGACACUAUGGCCCUGUUCACACUACGUAUCAACAUGCGCCCUGGGUGAUCAAGUCACAAGAUCGGUGUACAGGUGUGAAUGGGGUUAAAUGCCUCUAGCAUGGGAAGCCAUGGCCCAGUGGUUAGAGAAGCCACAGUCCAACAGUUAGAUAAACUUUGGCCCAAUGGUUUGAGAAGCCACAGCCCAACAGUUAGAUAAACUAUGGUUCGAGAGUCCAUGGCCCAAUGGUUAACAAAUCCAUGGCCCAGUGGUUAGAUAAGCCACAGCCCAAUGGUUAGAUAUACUAUGGCCCAAGCCACGGCCCGGUGGUUCGAGAAGCAGCUUUGGGACCAAAAGGUCACUGGUUCAAUUCCCUGGACCAGCAGGAAUGGCUGAGGUGCCCUUGAGCAAGGCACCUAACCCCCAACUGCUCCCCAGGGUAUCCAGUGAAUGUGGAUAGAAUAAUACAAUAAUAUUUAUCUAAUGUUAACCACAAUAUUGGUCCAUUCCUGUGCUGAAGACUUUCUAAUGUCUGAGAAUGGUUGUAUUCAAAAGCAGCAAGUACUGUACUGUUCCUGUUUUUUACACUUUAUUACUGUCAUUUAGCAAAUGUAGAACAUCUCCAACUAAAACCGAUUUUCUCCUCCAUGUCACCUUUCAGAGUGAACCUUAUAAUACUGAAGUCACGCCGUUGUAAUGACAUGAACGUGAAAGAUGUGGCUGAACGUGUUGAGACGCAGGUGGACGCCAGAGCGCCGGGUUCAGCUCAGCUCGACGGCUUUGUUUAGCUCAGGGUUUGAGUGACAGGUGCCCAUUAUGAGGGCACACAAAUUGUCUGACCAAUCACUGCCAGCGUUUCGCUCUCCUUCAGUCAGUGAUGAAUUGUUUCAGUGUGGCUGCUAUUGUGUUUCCGGCAGCUAGCUAUCAGUAUUGUACCAAUUUGAAAAGUCCGCUCUUUAACGGAGUGUUUUCUUUGUUCGUGUUGUGAAUUGUGAGAACCCUGAGGUAAGCAAAAGACUAUAAAGCAAUAAAUGAAUUAUAUAUGAUGAUGUAUCAUGACCUAGGACUUGCAGUGCAAAGUCUAAUGUAUCAAAGUCAUUUACAAUAAAAUAAGUAUAUGCUCUAAAA